UCCACAGACAUACAGCCUCAUCUGCCACAACUGCUGCUUACCAGCUUACCUGACCCAGCUCUAGAAGAGUUAGGACAGAACUCUCUGAGGAAGAUGAGCAACAUGGCCAUGGAGAUCGUUGCCUUCAUCCUGACCAUAUCUGGAUGGAUCCUGGUCUGCUCCACGUUGCCUACUGACUACUGGAAGGUGUCCUCCGUGGAUGGGACGGUCAUCACCACCGCAACCUUCUGGUCCAACCUGUGGAAGACCUGCGUCACCGAUUCUACAGGAGUGUCAAACUGUAAAGAUUUCCCCUCUAUGCUGGCUCUGGAUGGUCAGUUCAAACUUGAGCUGAUUGCUAUUUUUGUUGUGCUGUUGUAUAGUUGUAAUUGUAUGUGAUUAGGUGUAUUUUUGUGUGUGUGUGUGUGUGUGCUUGUGUGUGUGUGCGCAUGCGUGUGUGUGUCUGUUUGGGAUUGUAAUGGAGGUAUGUGUGUGUGUGAUUUCUUUGACCUAAUCACAGAUGUCUUACAUCUUGAGCAUCCGUCCUCUUGGGAUGAAUGGCUGGCUUUGAAAAAAGUGGUAUUUGGAAUUUGAUAUCCCUAUUGGUUUGUCGGAUUAAGCCCAAGAGCCUCUAAAACAUAUACUACCAAAGGCCAGAGCAGCAUUUGAACCGGGUGUUCAAGCUGCCAUUUGAGGAUACAAUGCUUUUACAGUGGCAAUAAGAGGAAAAUUGAGAAAGUCAGAGCACUUUUACAAGUGUGAGAUAACUCAGUGUUUCUGUCUCUUUAUCUCUCGCUCUCUCCCUCACACACACACGCACCACACACACACACACACACACACACACGCACACACCCCCAUACACGCACGCACACACGCACGCACCCACCCAGCAUAUAUCCAGGUGUGUCGGGGCCUGAUGAUCGCGUCUGUGUGCCUGGGGUUCUUUGGAGCCACCCUGGCCCUGAUUGGAAUGAAGUGUACUAGGAUCGGAGGCUCAGAGACCACCAAGGCCAGACUAGCAGGCCUCUCAGGCCUUCACUUCAUACUCAAUGGUGAAUAUUAAUGAUAUUGUAUGCUUUUUGAACUACUCCUUGCUAUUUAGACCAGAGCUGAGUCCUCUCUGUUUUCUCUGCAGGGCUCUGCUCCUUGACUGCAUGCUCCCUGUACGCACACAGGAUCACAUCAGAGUUCUUUGACCCACUCUUUUUUGCUCAAAAGUAAGUGUUCAGCUUAACUGUGCUACUUAAUGUCCUACUGUACUGCAUGUCAACAAAUGAAAUGCAGUGAGCACAUGUAUUUAUUAACUGGUCACUGGCUUUACUGGCUAUGCCCGUCCUCUCGUUGCCAGGUUUGAACUGGGCGCAGCGCUCUUCAUCGGCUGGGCUGGCUCUGUGCUCUGCAUUUUAGGGGGACUUAUCUUCUGCCUCUCCUUGUCAGAGGGCUUCAGGCAAGUUUGUUUGUGUCUACAAUUCAUUAAAUGAUGAUCAAUUACAGAAAAUGAUUACUUUGAUAGAUAUGUUGUGUAAUCUGUAAGUACUGUACAUUUCUCAACAUCAUGUCGACUGAGAUACAGAAAUCUAAAGUUAUCCAUAAUAGAGUACACAGAUCGUAAAGCUUGUCACUCAGUAAGUCAAUGAAGCAGUUUAAUAUGAACUGUAAUUAAGUUGUUUAAGUACUGGGAUAUCAAGGGAUCACUGUCAACAUCUUGUCUCAUAGUGAUAACAGUAUAAGGACAUGUACUGUAUGUUGAUGACUGAAUGUUUUCUUUGUGUAUAGUAUCAAUGUAUUUAUGUGAAAGUCACCUUGGGUGGGGGGCCUAGGGAACUGGUGUAUGGGGUGGGAUGAGGUAACAGACUUCUUCUAUAACCGUGACUACAAUUGCCCUAGAUCCAGAGACUUCUCUAGUCUUCUGAACUAGAAUUGUUUUCACCAUGGAAAUGGAAUGAGGACACUGUAUAUCUCAAAAGAGUAACCCUUAGUGUUUUCCUCUAGUCGAGCAGAGUACUCCUACAGUGGCGCUACGUCUAUGGUAACCAAGCGUCACAAACCCAGCAAGUCUGCCAACAGUUUCUACAAAUCGCCAGUUUCCACAGACCCCCGAGACCCAGCAGAACACUCAAGGCAGUUUGGAAAGAACGCCUAUGUGUGACAAUGGACGGAUCACUGGCAUUGCCAUAUGGUCAUAUGAGGUGACCAUGGACUAUUUGACCCUUGGACUAAGCUUGAUGAGGUCACCUUUUCAUACCUCUUCAACCAGAACCCCAAUUCCUUAUUGAGACGGAUUCCUGUGGGAUUACAUUACCUAAGGGUGUGAUGCAUGCUACCUGCUUUUAUUUUCCUUAAUAUGGCACUUCUUUCCAAUGCACUGUACAUAGAACAUCGUUUUUGAUAUCUUCUCUGCCAAAGGAGACUGUCCUUACUGUCCCUGUGCCUCAGCUGUUUACCUGACUACUUGAAUGAUGUCACCCCCUGUGGCACAAACAAUGCUGGUGGAAAUAACCCUUGAAAUCAGCAAGAGGAAAUAGGCAAGCUGUUGGCUCCUCUCUAAAACCACAUUAGGUAAUAGGUCUCUUCUGUCAACGGGCUAUCAACAAAAUAAAUCAGAUAAACUUGUUUUCUUCGCAGGGCAGGAAAUUCGGUUUGGCUAGGAUCACAAUUUAAACUCCUGGGUCACCUUGAAGGGACAAACUAACUGGUACUGUUCCAAAUCCAUUGUUGUUCAUUAGAUAUGCCUCAAGAACAAAUAUCAGGAAUAUGUGUCUGUUUGAGAUCAUCUAAAAACUAAAUUUAACUAAAUUGGUUAAUUCCUAUACAUCUCCCAAUAUGUUGUAAUCAGUGGCAAUGUCAAUAAACAUUUUUUUUUGCAAACAAGAAGGAAUUCAGUGAUAAUUUUCUCUGAAUGAUCUGUUGAAAGAACAUUAAUUAAGUAUAAAGAAAAUGGGGAUUGAAUAAGUGGACUUUUUAAUUGGUGGGUUUAUCACUUUGACAUAGACCUCUGUAUGAGUACCUCAUGACAACUACCUCUGGAACUCAAGUGUGGACCCAAUGCAUGUCUGCCAUAUGCUGUCACUCUUUAGCAGACCACAAGUGAAGCCUAGAUGAAGGAAGAGUCAAUAGAGAGCAUUGUGUGCUCUCAAGAACUGUCAAGUUCUUGUAUUUUUGCAAUAUACCUCACACUGAAAGAUGGCCCCCUACCAGCCACCACAGACAGAAAGGGGCUUCCGUUGUCUCGACUGAUCACAGAGUUACCAAUCAACAGCAGGCCUGCCCCAGUUGAUCUUUGUUCAGACUCGGAUAUGGGAAUCGGAAGUUUCCCCCACCGUCUGCCAUCUAUCUCCACCUUCUGAUCAAUGGAAACCUUAACCCUGUUACGUAAAUCCUCUUGGCCCUCCGAGCCGGGAGACUCUCACCAGCUGGCAUGGAGCUACAGCUGGCAGCCACCCCGUGCUCCAUGUUCCAGUCCUGUGCAUCCGUAAACAGGUGUCGGGUGUCCCACAGCUCUGGAUGGAUGGUCAGAGGACCUACUCUGACUACACUAUUAUGUCUGGAUGAGGGGAAAACAUAACCAGGCAUCUAUAGACAAAAUCAAUAAUGGUGAGUGAUUUCACAUUUUGAUGUCCAUAUUUUUCAGAAUGAAUCAAGAGAUGAAUGCACCACAUAAAAAAUACUGUUUUUAUUGUAUGCAAUAAGUCUAAGAUUCCUCAUUUGUAUGGAUUGAAGCAUCAGAAGGCUCACAUGAUUCACAAGCAUCCAUAAAUAAUAUUUAUUUUGUUACAUCAGAUUCUAAAUUCAAAAAUGAAGGCCACAAGCAGAAUCCUUGCCCCAAAAGCAGUUUAUUUCUGCCAAAUUUACAGCAGUUUGUUUGUGCCAGAAAAUCCAUUAUGGACAAUUAUACUACUUUUAAACAUUCAAAACAAAGUACUUUUCUGCACAAAAUACACAAGUUGAGUCUGAUUUUGACUGCGCUUGAGGCACAGUUUGGUUGUAUUUCAACAAGACACCACCAGAGAGCAGUAUAUCUAUACUUUAUUUACAGGACCAUAGAAUGAAACUAUUGACAGAGAAAUUCAAACAAUGUUCUGUGUAUGCAUCAUCUUUGAAUGGAAUCUUACUUAAUAUUUCUUAAAUGAUAUUGUAGUUUAUUAUACAGCAGGUAUUUGUUCUUAACAACCCAUAAUUAACGUGAGGCCCUGCAAGUGAACACAACAGCGCUUUUGUUCUUUCUCUGUUAUUAGCCCUUCACUAAUUAAAAGCAUGACACAGCCUGAAUCACCACCGUAUAGGUCCAGGCAUCACAACAGUGCGUCCGUACCAAUGUCCCAUCUACUUUGCCAGUAACUUUGCCAAUAAGCCGAGGGACUCGGUACAAAGAAGACCCUUCUCAUCUUCACUCACCACAAGAAAAUCCAUCACUCCCCAUGCAACUAAUACCAUCAGAGAGAGCCUAAUUAUAUGAGCUCAAAGACGUUAUGUUUUAAUUAUAUAAGUAAAGCAGGCAGCACACCUAGCUAAUAACCUACCGCAGCCCGAGGCAAUGUCAACGGACAAUGGAAGCGCUUCAACGGACUCUGAAGUUGUAAUUCCUCAGGUAAUGAAUUCUUAUUGAACUAGUUAAGGUCAGAUCAUUACUGUAUAUAUAUUGAGAUGAGGUCAAGGUUUUGCCCUAGGCAUUGGGCCAUACCAGGUAAUGUUUAUGUCAUUAGAAUAAAUGUUUUCAGAAUUAGUCAAAUAAAAUCAAAACCCACGGAAUCAGCUUGGGACAUAGAGAUGGAUGUUUUUGAAACCUGAGAUAAACGCUUAGGUGAACAUUUUUAGCACCCAAACAAGGUUCUGGGAACCUCAGCAGCAACAGACUCACCCAUAUCCACCCUCAUGCAGUAUGGGAAAAGUGAUAACCAGGUAGAGUGACAACAUGACUGUCUCGUUAGUCAUACUGAGCCCUGCUACCAAACUGUCUGACUGGGAUGAGCAGGUUUCUUCUCUAUCACAUCACAGCACAGCAGGAGACUCAGACGCCACUGUAUGGUUGCUCCACCAAGGAGACACACCAUUGUAUAGACGAGAGAAAAAGGAAUCCCCAAUAAGUCAGAUCUUGAGAAAAGAAACACAACAGAGACAUAAUAAUAAGAGACAGUCAUAAUAAGACAACUUGAGGGUUAUCUAGAUAUAGAGCAUAUAGACUGACUCCACACACCAGAGUAUCAGGAUGAAAAUCCGCGUGAUGCAGAUCUGGGGCUUCCUGAUGACAGUGCUGGGCUGGAUCUUUGUGGCGUGCUCUAUCGCCAUGGAGGGCUGGAAGAUCACGUCCAUCGGGGGCAUGGGCGGCUCGGCUGUCAUCAAGGUGGCCUGGUACUGGUCUAACCUGUGGAAGGCCUGCUUCACUGACUCCACUUCUGUCACCAACUGCCAAGACUUCCCUGUGCUCUGGUCCGUGGACAGUAAGUACCAUAGAGAUAUGCAUAAUAUACUGUGUUCUACUUCUAUUUCUAUGGUGGAUAUGAAGUUGUAUAUCAACAAGAGGGACACAUCUGAAGACAGUCUUGUUAAGUUAAUUUAUUUUACCCCCCCCAAAAAAUAGGGUUUAAAACAAAUUCUGUACAAAUGUGACUAUUACUGUACCCUUUAAAGCAAUGCAGACAAACUUCUGUGAGUUUAGACUGUUUCAGUACAGUGACAUUGGUUAUUCCACUGAAGUUAUAAAGCCUACUGUAGUGUAAAAUGUGACCUUGCGUAUGGUUGUGUUCUUAUCAACCAGACCACAUCCAGAUUGUGAGGGGCCUGCUGAUGGGUGCUCUGUCUUUGGGGAUGCUGGGGUUCGUACUCAGUCUCAUUGGGAUGGAGUGCACCUUCCUCGGGGGCAAGGACAAUGCUAAGUACAGGAAGAUCUUCACUGGAGGAGUCUGUCACAUCAUUAGCGGUAAACAUGUUCUUUCAGUUGACUUCUCCCUCUGUGAAAACAACCUGGUAGAUGCACACUGUAGCAGAUUGAGAGUAGCUGACUGACUUACUUCGUCUUCUGCAGGCAUACUGGCUGCGUCAGGAUAUGCUGUCUACGCAAAAUACGUCUCUGGGGAAUACUUCAACCCCUAUUUUGAUGGAUUAAAGUGAGUUGACUUUUAUAAAUUGGAUGCAGGUUUUUCCAUUCAGUUACAAGAUAAUGUUUAUGUGCUCUCCCUCCCUCCCUCCCUCCCUCCCUCCCUCCCUCCCUCUAACACACAGGUUUGACCUGGGGACUCCUCUGUUUCUUGGCUGGGUGGGAUCAGCUUUCCAUAUGACAGGGGGUUGGUUCUACCUGGUCUCUGUGUGCAAACUGCUAUGUGAGGACAAGAGGUGAGUACAAGCAUAGCCAUACUCAUCAUGGAAUAGUUAUUGAUUUAUUCAUAAAACACUUGUCAUUGAUUGUAUGUUAUCUCUCCCAGCAAAACUAUAGUCAUCCCUGAACUUCCCGAGGUUGAGUGUGACCAGGCCAAGUCCACCACAGCACAGUCCCCAGUAUCCCAGAUCACCUCAAAGAUCAAGGUUGCAUCUGCAUCUAAGAUUUCUUCAAAAUCUGCACACUCAGAUGUGUCUGCCAUCUCCUCAAGGUCUGUUCAGUCCGGUCGCGUGUCCAAAUCAGAGCGAUCUGGACGGUCCUCGAACUCCGGGCAGUCCUCGAAAUCUGACGGUGGGUCUUUGACGUCUGGUCGUUCAUCAAGGUCCCAUGGGUCAAUACACUCUGAGGUGAGCAGCGGCAGCAAUAGAACAGUGUCCUCUUUAUCCAGUGGGUGAAGGAGGAGCGAGAGAGAACCGUUUAUCAAAAACUCCUACAUAUGACCUGGUUCUGUGCAUAGUAUGUGGGAUUUUGACUGGACCGAACUGACGUAACAAUUGUAUAUACUGUAUAUGAUGAUUAGAGCUGUCAGAGUCUAUCCUUUAACUCAAGUUAACUUUUUGAAUUUUAGUGCAUUCAUGUUUUUUAAUCGCGAUUAAUCGCAUUGUCUGAAAGCUUUCAAAAUACACUGAAAACAUCCUAAAUACUUUGGACAACUCAAUUUCUGAAUUUCUGAAUUUGCGAUGAAUCACAACAAAUCCUUUGAUUAACUCGAUUACAUUUUUGAAUCGUUUGACAGCCCAAUGAUGAUCCAAUUGUGAUUCUGUAUGUGGGGAAAAGUCUCUGUAUCUAAUGGCCUGUUUCCUGAGAGUGUUUCACGAUCAUCAAAUAAACUGCUUCAUCACAUUCAUUGUUUCAUGUAUUGCUAUUGAUAAUGUCAUUAAAGCAGGGCCUUUCUACCUUUUGAGCAAGCUCUCUCUGACUCCGUGUUGUGUUUUGUUCUCCAUUUUCAAAUUAUUCAACUGUAGUCUAAUCAAAAUCAAGAUAUUUUAAGAUAUAUAAAUAAUCACCAACUCUUUUAGAUAUUGUCGGCACGGUCAUACCUGCCAAAGCAGUCAGGGAGGUUGCCUGUAAACAGUCUCUGUUUUUGGUGUUGCCACUCAAUUCUGCCCGGGCACUGUUUCCUAUUUAAACCAAGAGUGAUAUGCCGCACAGCUGACAGACCGAUGCUCCUAUCUUGUGCUCUUCUAAAUAAAUAUGGAAUCAUUUUUAGUGGAUGCAUUUUUGUGAAUUCCGUGACUAGAUUGGAUAAAAUCAGUAACCUUGUAAUAGCUCCAGUAACUUACACUCUGUAGUCCCUGUGAGCGAUCCUCUCCACCUGUCCAGACAGAGGAAUGUGGAGGAGGUUGGUUCAGAUCCUGGGCCUCGUGGUGUCCAUGCUGGGCUGGGUGUUUGUGGGCCUGCACCCUGGCUAUCGACUACUGGAGGGUGGCCCAGGUCGGCAGCCAGAGUGGGUCAUCCAUCGUCAGAGUGACCUGGUUCUGGUCCUACCUGUGGAAAGACUGCUCUGAGGACUCCACCGCUGUGGUCAACUGUGUGGACUUUGGGGUUCUGUGGACGGUGAAACGUGGGUUGAGUACUGGAAUCUCUCGUCUGGUAUCUGGUAUCUCUGUGUGGAAUAAUCAGGAGUCUUAUGGGUGCAGUGUCUCUUAAUAUAACAUUUUCUCUAAAUUGAAUUGAAUUAAUUAAAGCAUAUUGGCAGGUUAACACAGCUGUGAUACAUAGUGACUAAUACAAUGAUACAUGAUAGUUGCAAUAUAUUUUAUUUGGCUAAGCUAGGUUCGAUUAAUUUUGUACAUACUGUUACAGUAAUUGAUUAGCCUCCAAAGCAAUGAGGUCUGUACGCGUUACACAGCAUACAUCCAGGGAGUGAGGGGACUUGUGAUGAUUGGUUUAGCCCUGGGGCUGGUGGGAACUGUGUUCGGCUUUGUUGGAAUGGAGUGCACUUACAUUGGAGGAAACCACAGAACCAAUGACAAACUGCUAUUAACAGCUGCCUCUCUCCAUUUUAUUGGCGGUAACUUUCCUUUUUCAGGACACAUACAAAUCACCAUACCUUAGAGGGUUUAAACUUCCUCAUCCCGACCAUAAACAUGUUUUUCUUCCUUGUCAUUGGUUCCUGAUCCCUGACGCAUCAUCAUGCAGGCGUCUCAGACGACGCCAGUUAUUGUUUAUAAACACAGUUGCAGCAGCCAUUGUUACACGCCAAAGCAGACCCAUCAAAACUAGGGUAAUGUCGCAAAUAGAACAAUCUGAGAGGGAAGAUGUUGGAAUAUCAAACUGUAUGGGAAUGCCAAGCUGUAUUUCGUCUACAUUUUCUCUACUCAGGUAUGACAUUGGAACUGCUCUUUGGCUUGGCCUAGUGGGAGGCUUCCUCAUCAUAUUAGGAACCAUUCUGUUCUCUGCCACUGUAUUCACAGUAGCCCAUUCAAAAAGGUUAAAUGUACAGUACAAGUAUAAGCAUACCUGCAUAAUUUACAUACAUCACCACAUACGCAUGCUUCUUUCAGUACAUUUCAGUUAUCAGCCUACACUGUGAUUUGCGUAAACUUUUAGUGCAUGUUUUCUGAAUAUAUCUUAAUUUGCUUAAUAUAAUUUCUAUAGCAGGAUGGAAUAGGCCCCCUCCUCCACAUCUCCCAUGGUACCCCUCACCAGACAAUUCUCAACUAGCAUUUGCCAGAGAACACCAAGAUUGGCAAAUUCGCCACUGGCGCCCUGUGCUCUUCACAGAUGAAAGCAGGUUCACACUGAGCACAUGUGACAGACGUGACAGAGUCUGGAGACGCCGUGGAGAACGUUCUGCACCCUGCAACAUCCUCCAGCAUGACCGGUUUGGCGGUGGGUCAGUCAUGGUGUCGGGUGGCAUUUCUUUGGGGGGCCGCACAGCCCUCCAUGUGCUCGCCAGAGGUAGCCUGACUGCCAUUAGGUACCGAGAUGAGAUCCUCAGACCCCUUGUGAGACCAUAUGCUGGUGCGGUUGGCCCUGGGUUCCUCCUAAUGCGAGACAAUGCUAGACCUCAUGUGGCUGGAGUGUGUCAGCAGUUCCUGCAAGAGGAAGGCAUUGAUACUAUGGACUGGCCCGCCCGUUCCCCAGACCUGAAUCCAACUGAGCACAUCUGGGACAUUAUGUCUCGCUCCAUCCACCAACGCCACGUUGCACCACAGACUGUCCAGGAGUUGGCGGAUGCUUUAGUCCAGGUCUGGGAGGGAAUCCCUCAGGAGACCAUCCGCCAACCUCAUCAGGAGCAUGCCCAGGCGUUGUAGGGAGGUCAUACAGGCACGUGGAAAGCCACACACACUACUGAGCCUCAUUUUGACUUUUAAGGACAUUACAUCAAAGUUGGAUCAGCCUGUAGUGUGGUUUUCCACUUUAAUUUUGAGUGUGACUCCAAAUCCAGACCUCCAUGGGUUGAUACAUUUGAUUUCCAUUGAUAAUUUCUGUGUGAUUUUGUUGUCAGCACAUUCAACUAUGUAAAAAAGUAUUUAAUAAGAUUAUUUAAUUCAUUCAGAUUUAGGAUGUGUUAUUUUAGUGUACCCUUUAUUUUUUUGAGCAGUGUAUUUUAAUUAUUGUAGCAAAACAAAUUGUUCAAUAAAGAUCUACUUUAGGAUACUCUCCACGGCUCUACUCUAUAGGUUACAUUACAUAGAUCAUUAUCAGUUUGUCCAGAAAAUAUUGAUAUGAAUCAGUUACAUGCAUCAUUAUGUUGUGACUUUAGCUGGGAUGGAGCAGUUCAUCCACUGUGAUUUGAGAUAAAGGGCUAUGAGAGGGAGACCUAGUCAAACCCCCAUAUGAGGGGAGGGAGGGUGGGAACCAGUUUCAUCACUCCCCAUCCCUGAUACUAUCUCCCCCUGGAUCAUGGGAAAAUAGAAGUUUGCUUACUGAGCAAAACCCUGUGAGAUAAGGCAAACUUCCACAAUGCUGGCUUGACUGGGAGGCAUCAGUGACAUAACAAUGCAAGUGUCUGGCUGCACCUCGACUUCCAAUGACCAAAGAUCCCUUAGUGUCUCUGGAACUUCACUCCAGCUUUGUUCACUACACCCAUUUCUCUGGUAAAUCCUCUUCAUACAUUUAUAUAUUUUUUUCGGAACCACUGCCAAGCUCAAGGAGAGCAUCCUCCUUAUCACCAUCAUCAUGAAGCACAGGACGGUGAUGAUGUAUAUGGAGAUAGGCUGCUUUGUGUCGUGUCUGGCUGGCUGGAUUCUGGUUUGCUCCACCCUGGCUAUAGAGUUCUGGACCUGGUCUGAAGUGGGCAGCAUGGUGCUCACCACCGGCAUCUACUUCUCUAGCCUCUGGAAGGACUGUGUCUCAGACUCCACGGGGGUGUCCGACUGCAAAGAGUACCCCUCCAUGCUGGCACUACCAGGUAUGUUCUGGUCAGCUUGUCACAACUUCCAUGGAUGUGUGAUUCUGUCCUAAUAUGGACACUGUGCAUCUGAUGAUACAUGAUUGGAUAGUGAUGCUUACAACUUGGAGGGUUGAUAUCUUGAUCUUCAGUGCAGUUCGGUGCAGUUGAUUGUCAUUUAGCAUAUGCUCUUAUGCAGUACUACAUUACAGGCAGAUAAUGGGGCAGAGCAGAAGUAUGAAUAUAAACAUCAUGAUCAACAUUUUGCAGAUGGAAGUAGUGAUCCCAUAGAGUGGAAUCCACAAACUCCAACAUACACUGAGUACACAAAACAUUAAGAACAUUCCAUGACAUAGACUGACCAGGUGAGUCCAGGUGAAAGCUAUGAUCCCUUAUUGAUGUCACUUGGUAAAUCCACUUCAAUCAGUGUAGAUGAAGGGGAGGAGACAGGUUAAAGAAGGAUUUCUAAGCAUUGAGACCAUUGAAACAUGGAUUGUGUAUGUGUGCCAUUCAGAGGGUGAAUGGGCAAGAUGAAAGAUUUAUGUGCCUUUGAACGGGGUAUGGUAGUAGGUGCCAGGCACACCGGUUUGUGUCAAGAACUGCAACACUGCUGGCUUUUUCACACUCAACAGUUUCUUGUGUGUAUCAAGAAUGGGCCACCACCCAAUGACACAACUGUGGGAAGCAUUGGUGUCAACAUGGGCCAGCAUCGCUGUGGAAUGCUUGACACAUUUAUAUAUUUCACAUUUCAGUCAUUUAGCAGACACUCUUAUCCAGAGCGACUUACAGUAGUGAGUGCAUAUAUUUUCAUACUGGUCCCCCAUGGGAAUCGAACCCACAACCCUAGCUUUGCCAGCGCCAUGCUCUAACAAUUGAGCCACACGGGACUUGUUGACACCUUGUAGAGUCCAUGCCCUGAUGAAUUGAGGCUGUUCUGAGGGCAAAAGGGGUUUGGUACAACUCAAUAUUAGGAAGCGGUUCCUAAUGUUUGGUAUACUCAAAUGUAUAUAAUACAUAACUGUAGUCCUGUACUGUAGCUUCCUCUGUUUAACUGAGUGUUCUACUCUCUGCAUCAGUGUUCCUCCACGCGGUUAGGGCUCUGUCGAUCUGUUCUGUCAUCCUUGGGUUCUUCGCUGGAGUCCUCACACUGAUAGGGAUGAAAUGCACCAAGAUUGGAGGGUCAGAGCUCGCCAACGCACGGGUCACCUUCGCCGGGGGAAUCACCUAUCUGACGUCUGGUAAGAUAUGUUUAUGGAGUACUUGAUUAGUAACCGAAGUGAUUAGUGAUAUGAUGAUAAUAGCCGUUUUCCUCCUAGGAUUUGCUGGCCUGAUUGUGUACUCCUUGUGGGGUAACAAAGUAAGAUCAGAGUUUGUGGAUCCGAAUUUCAAGGCACAGAAGUGAGUGGAUCAUUUUCAGUGAGACUGUUGGAACACACUAGAACAACAUUGGUUUCAAGUAGUUAAGUAUACAGUAUAUGCAUUCUCAUUUUUGCUCUUCAGAUUUGAAAUCGGAGCAGCGGUUUUUAUUGGCUGGGGAGGCUCGCUCUUGCUCAUCACCGGUGGUUUCGUACUCAGUUUCUUCUCUGGAAAGGAGGGUCUACGCUCGACGUAAUACCUUCCACAAAAUUCCUGCUUCACUCAGACAAUAGAUUGCAUCAGAGGAAUAUAUUUUGUGUCGAAUUCGUUCAUCAUCUCACAAUUCUCUUGCUCCGUCUUCCAGUUCAAAGAAAAGGCCCCGCAGACCUAGAUCCUAUGCCACAGCUCAGACCAGACGCACAUACAUGAUGCCAAACUCUUCCAGAGUGACUCCAAUGCCACAAUUGUUCCAAGAGAGCAGAGCCGGCAGGAAGACCAGGACAACUAGGACAUAUAGCAGGGACGAUUUUUUGUGAGCUGCAGUAGCUCCUGUGCUGCAGGAAAUACACUGCUUCAUAUCAUUGGUCGUUAGAUACCAUGAAAACAUUGUAGGAACUGAAUCAAUUUGAUUUGGUAACUGUCUCACCACCUACACCUUGAAGAUACCCUUUGUAUGACUGUUUUACUAACAUAUAACUGUGUUCCGUUUACACUGUUUUCCUUUGAACAUUUUGAACUGAAUUGACAUUAAGGAAAG